AUGGAGCACUCAAAAGAGACCUAUUGGGUUCCACCUCGACUCCAUGAAUAUUCAUCGGGCUUCACAAAACGAAACCACCGUUUCCGUUCACCUAAAAUCGGGGCGCGAGAGUCGAUCGAUAGCACCAUGGCGAAGCAGGAGCCAAUAAGAACAAGAUUAAGACAUAUAGAUCGAGCUGGAGAAAUAUUUUUUGAGGACAUCCAGAACCAUCACUCUGAAAAUACGGCAUGGCAAUCAUUACGCUAUUUAUCCAGUAUUUUUGUUGUCUUCUACUCUUACAAUACAAUCACAUCUGGACAGACUCCAGUUUGUGUCUCGCUGUCCACAUAUCCACCUAGAAAGAAAUGUGCCUCGAAGUUCGGAGUUGUAUUGCCAAAGUACCCAGGUAUUAUGAAAGACCAUAGCAGCGCGAGACUGCCCGAGGAUGCUCUGGAAGUGGAGCGCGAUCGUCUUGACUCCCUUCACAUGAACCGCCUCAUGUCUGUUCACCAGCUCGAACUUGAUGUCCUGGUGGAAUAUCGCCGCGAUCUCGUCGGCAUCGAGCUCUUCCAUCGGCCCAAUCACCUUUCAGCACAUGGCUUUGGAACCAGUUGUCUUCGGGUGGAUAUUUUGGCUUUGCUACGUCUCGUACCUUCCCGUCAUAGACCGACAGGUCUGUGCAGCCAUUCCUACCGAGUAGAAUGCUUCAAGAGCCACCAAAGCACAAGAUCAUAUAGAUUAGAGUUGAGGACCAGAUACUUGGGCAAGUAUAUCCGAAAUAGGUACUGA